UCUUGGUAGUCUGUGGAUUGUUUUUGACACACCUAUGCUUUCUUUUCUUAAUUUCGAAGCUCUUCGUUUUCGUGUUUGUAUUGUGUAUUUAGUGAGCUUUCUAGUUUAGUAACUUAUUAUCAAAGUGAAAUUUCAAGUGUUAGUGCUAAGCGGCAAUUCUAAUAUAAGAAUGACAACCAUGGCAGACCCCUAUGACACAACUGGGACUUUGUCCUUGAAGUGGGAUCCUAAAAACUUGGAAAUACGUACCAUGUCAGUUGAGAGGACCCUUGAACCAUUGGUGUUGCAGGUUACUACUCUUGUUAACAGCAAGGAUAAGGCAGCUAAAAAGAAACGACCUGGCAAAUCCAAGAGAGCCAGUGCUUUAGUAGCAACUGUAGAGCGAGCUACAGAAAUCUUCAUUGAAAGAGGACAGACAAUUGCUUAUGAGAAUCCAGAAAUCACCCAAGAGAUGUUGGCUGCAGUUGAGCAAGUUAGAAAAGCUGGUGCAGCCAUGAGUCUGGCAGCUCGUGAGUUCUCGGAGGAGCCAUGUGCAUCGUCUGUCCGUUCCAGUAUGGUUAGAGCUGCUCGCAGCCUGCUCUCUGCUGUAACUCGCCUGCUUAUUCUUGCUGAUAUGGUGGAUGUGCAUCUGUUGCUGUCUAAACAGAGAAUGGUGGAAAAAGAUCUCGACAAGCUGAAAUCAGCUUCCUCUCAAUCUGAACUGAUAGAGAGUGCACGUCAAUUUGGUCGUUCUGCCAGUGAAUUGGCUGCUCAAGCAGCUAAGAGACAGAAGGAACUCAAGGAACCAAGGAUGAAGGACGAGCUGGCCGCAGCCAGGGCUGUUCUGAAGAAGCACUCCACUAUGUUGCUCACUGCCUCUAAGGUAUACGUUCGUCACCCGGAAUUGGCUGCUGCAAAGGCCAACCGUGACUUCGUACUUCGUGCUGUGUGUUCUGCCGUCGACACCAUCUCGGCUGUAGCUCAGGGCAGACCCACUCCUAACACUGGAACCAACCGUGUCCCAGUGGAGGGUCCAGGAGAAUUGGCUCAAGCUUUGGAUGAUUUUGAUGAGCGUAUGGUAAUGGAGCCGUUGGCGUAUUCCGAGCUGCGUACACGUCCUUCGCUGGAGGAGAGACUUGAAUCCAUCAUUUCUGGCGCAGCACUUAUGGCCGACAGCUCUUGUACUCGAGAUGAGCGUCGCGAGCGCAUAGUGGCCGAAUGCAACGCCGUGCGUCAGGCUUUGCAGGAGUUGCUCCAUGAAUAUAUGACCAAUGCCGGCCGAGCCGAACAAUCCGAGGGCUUGGAGCGUGCCUUGGAGCACAUGUGCCGCAAGACUCGCGACUUGCGUCGGCAGCUGAGGAAGGCUGUGGUGGAUCAUGUGUCUGACAGUUUCCUGGAGACCAACGUGCCCCUGCUGGUCCUGAUGGAGGCGGCUCGCAACGGCAACGAGAAAGAGGUGGAGGAGUACGCCGUUGUCUUCACCGAACACGCCAAUAAACUUGUCGAGGUAGCAAACCUGGUGUGUUCGAUGUCUAACAAUGAAGAUGGGGUCAAAAUGGUGAGACACGCAGCCGGACAGAUCGAAGCUCUCUGCCCUCAGGUGAUCAACGCUUGUCGCGUCCUCGCGGCUCGCAGCCGAUCGCGCGUCGCGCAGGAGAACGGACGGGCCUUCGGUCGCGCUUGGGAAGCGGCCGUUAGACUACUGACCGACGCCGUGGACGAUCUGACCACGAUCGAUGACUUCUUGGCGGUUAGCGAGAAUCACAUUCUGGAGGACGUGAACAAGUGUGUAGUAGCCCUGCAAGAAGGAGACCCGGAUUCGCUGGAGCGCACUGCUGGAGCCAUACGUGGAAGGGCUGCUAGGGUGUGUUCAGUGGUGACUCAAGAGAUGGACAACUACGAGCCCUGUAUUUACACCAAGAGGGUUCUGGAAGCCGUCACCGUUCUACGAGACCAAGUAAUGUCGAAAUUCGCUGUGCGUGUCGAUGCAGCAGUUUCGGCUCUCGGCAGCGGUGGAGGAGCAGGUCUGGACGAAAACGACUUCAUUGACGCUUCUCGACUUGUGUAUGACGCUGUGAGGGAGAUAAGGCGCGCUGUACUCAUGAACCGGACAAGCGACGACCUCGAUACGGACACGGAGUUCGAACCCGUGGAAGACAUGACCAUGGAGACAAGGAGCCGAUCGAGUGCACACACCGGCGAACAUGGCGUGGAUGAAUACCCUGACAUCAGUGGCAUCACCAAUGCGAGGGAAGCAAUGCGAAAGAUGACGGAAGAAGACAAACGCAAGAUCCUCCAGCAAGUGGAGUUGUUCCGUCGUGAGAAGAUGACCUUCGACAACGAAGUUGCCAAGUGGGACGACGCGGGCAACGACAUCAUCAUGCUAGCCAAGCAUAUGUGCAUGAUCAUGCUGGAGAUGACUGAUUUUACAAGAGGCCGUGGUCCUCUGAAGACAACCAUGGACGUCAUCAACGCGGCCAAAAAGAUCUCAGAGGCUGGGACUAAACUUGAUAAACUGACGAGGGAGAUCGCCGAACAGUGCCCAGAGUCGUCGACCAAGCAGGAUCUGUUGGCGUAUCUGCAGCGCAUAGCCCUUUACUGCCACCAGAUUCAAAUCACGAGCAAAGUCAAGGCGGACGUACAGAAUAUAUCCGGAGAGCUCAUUGUCAGUGGGUUGGACAGCGCCACCUCCCUGAUCCAAGCGGCCAAGAACUUGAUGAACGCUGUUGUGCUGACCGUCAAAGCGUCGUACGUCGCCUCCACGAAGUACACUCGACAGGGAACUAUUGCUUCCCCGAUCGUGGUGUGGCGUAUGAAAGCGCCUGAGAAGAAGCCGUUGAUCAGACCAGAGAAACCCGAAGAGGUGCGGGCGAAGGUCCGUCGCGGAAGUCAGAAGAAACAGCCCAGUCCCAUCCAUGCUCUUGCCGAGUUUCAGAGCCCCGCUGACAAUGUUUGAACGUCACAGGAUAUUUAUUAAUUAGAACUAAUUUAAUAAUACUUCAAGUAUCUACUCAAUCUAGACAAUCAAUAUUGUCCAUUUCAAUAAUUAUGGUAGCUCAAUAAUUAUAAUAACUUUUCAGUAUUGUUUUCACUAAAUUCUUAGAAGAUUUUAUUGGUCAAAUAUUUCUCUAUUUUUUGUAUUAGGUCUAAUUUCUAAUUUCGUCUUAUUAAUAAAAUUGAAUAGAAUCGAGUCGGUAAAUAAUUUAAGUUUGUUUAUUUAUUGAAUUAAAUGGUUUUCAAAAUAGUAUAAUAUUAGAAUAGUAUAUACAUAUUCAAGAAUCAGGGACUGUACUCUUAGUACAGACAAUAUGCAAAAACUUGAACAGCACUCUGUGGGCGCAUUCGAAACUAAACGAUACCAUCAUUGAAAUAACAUUAGUGUAUCGAUGCCACGUGAAUACGGUUCCAAACUGGCAUUAGCAAUUUGACAACUGACAUUGUAUCCGCAACUGACAUUUUCAUUUCGACAAGUGAUGUUGACGUUUGUACCGAGGGUACUUUGAGAACUACAUUUGGUAGUUUAACACACCCAUUGCCAGCGUAAGAAACGAUUAAUUUUAUUUUAAUUAACCUAGCUUAAUAUUUGUAUGCUUCGAAAUAUAUACAUAAGAAAACAUAACACACAAAUGCAUAACGGAACUACCAAUAUCCAUUCCGAUCACAAUAUUGUUUCGUACCAAAUUCCAAGUUUUGAUUUUAGUUGAAAAAGGCCAAUGGUUAGUUAGUAAGCCUUAACAUUUAAUUAUUGGAAGCAUGCUAAUAAAAAACCCGAAAUGCCAUUCCAACCGUAUUUAUAUAUAUUAGGUAGUACUUCACUUUCAGAUGUUGUAGUAUUUAAAGCUCGCAUCGUCUGGAACACUUACCCACGCGUGUAACCCAAAUUUGGAAGACAGUUUUUGAUCAUUUGGUUGUGACAAUCUGUGACCAUGCCAGUUAGAAAUUACCACUUCUAAAUUCCAUUUGAAUAACUAUGAAUACACGUUAUAAUUGAGUAAAACGGUUUUUUUAAGAUUUAUUUUAUUACAAGUAUUUAUUAAUUAUUUGAAGGGUCUCAUUAGAAACCCCCAUGAUCCCGUGGCCGAUUUGGAAAAAUAUAGAUUUUUCUAAAUAUGUAUUGUGAUUUUUAAUCUUGCUAAUCAUAGGUUUUAAGAUGAGCUUCAAUAAAACUUUUGUAUCGGAUUUAAAUAGCGUAACUUGAAACUAAUGAAUUGUAUUCUAGAAAGCAAAAUUAAUUCUCUACGGCUUUGAGAAUUUCAUAUUUUCGUGAUUUACCUCUUCUUGUUGAGGCCCCGUAGAAGUUAAAUUUAAACCGAUCAAAAAAGUUUUAUAGAAGCUGUAACUUGACGAUAUUCUAUAAGAAAUAAUCGGAACAAUAAUGAGCCAAAUUUUUUAUGUAGCAUCGCUUUGUAAGGUAAAGUUGCAAAGGUCGUAAAGAUUCAUAUUGUUGAAUGAAAAUGGCAACAAUGUUAACAUGAUGAUGAUUUUUAUUUAUCCCUAAUGAGAAAGGCAAAGGACUUUAUCUCAACGUUAACAGUGAAGAAUGACAAUUGACAAUCUAACGAUAUUUGCAACGGUACAAUUUUCUAUUAUAAUUUUUAAGACUCAAAUUAUACUUAGAUUUUAAGAAUAAUGACAAGUAUUAGACUGUUUGAUAGUAUUAUGCAACAUUUUUUGUAAUAAAUCAUUAAAUAAAAGUAAAAACUGACUUAGGGAUGGAUGACCAAAGCUGUUUGAAAUUUCACCAAACAAAAUGUGGUUUUAAAUCCUAUAUUAAAGUAAUACAGUAAUAAAAGAUAGUAAAAUGUUAAUUGUUUGCUUCACACAUAACAUAAAUAUACAUUAAAACUGAAAAACGUAGAAUAUGUUUGACUGAGAAUCUAUGAGCAGUAAGCUCUCAACAGCUGUAAUGAUAAAACAUUAAUGACUUGCUUUCACAUACUAUGUAUUUCAAUAUAAAUUAAUAUUUAUUACAAAAAUGUUUUAAAGAAAUAAUAAUAUAAAUAUAAGAUCACUAUUGUGUUUUAAAGGUAAUGUGAAAUUUAUAAUAAUCAAAUGUUGCUGGUGAUAUACAGUUUCAAUAAAAAUAAAUUAGACAUUAUUAUCCCAACACCAAUUAUUUCACGAAACUUGAAACAGCAGAAUUUUCAGUAAAUAUUCUCCAUUAAAUUAUAGGCCAAUAUUGUGAAUUUUAGUAUAUUAUUAAUUUAUAAUUUAAGUAUUGGCCUAUUAACUCACAAUAAUUAAGAUUUUGUAACCAUUGUAGUGUGGAAAAUAAAGUGUAUCCAAAAAUUUC